AGGGUAUCUUUAUCGGAAGCAGUGGCUAAAACAAGCAUGACGUUCUAUUAUCACGGCGAUCGGAUCAACUAGCUCUAAUGGAGUUUACCGCGCAGAUUGAAACAAAAACCAAAAAGGAAAUAAACCGGAUAUGAGCAUUUGAUUGAGACGUGUGAUUUAUUUACCUCUUUGAUUGAAGAUCACCCGUCGAUGUGAGAUUAGUGCGCGUUAAUUUAUAGGGAAACAUGGAGUCUCUAAUCAUCAUUGGAAAACUUGUUGGAUUACUAUGUACCGUGUUUCUAUGUGGUUGCUAUGGUAACCCGGAUGCUAAGAGACUAUAUGAUGACCUGCUUAGAAAGAGUGGGUACAACAAGCUGAUCCGACCUGUCAGUAACAAUUCGGAUAAACUGACAGUUAGGCUGGGGCUACGUCUGUCACAACUCAUCGAUGUGGACGAGAAGAACCAAAUCAUGACAACUAAUGUAUGGCUUAGACAGGAAUGGGAUGAUUAUAAGUUACAAUGGAAGCCCAGUGAGUAUGGAGGUGUGGAUAGACUAUACGUGCCAUCCAAGGAGAUUUGGCUACCAGAUAUAGUACUAUACAAUAACGCUGACGGCAACUACGAGGUGACAUUAAUGACAAAAGCAACUUUAUACCCAGAUGGGAAAGUGCUUUGGGAACCUCCAGCCAUUUACAAAAGUUCGUGUACAAUAAACGUUGAAUUCUUUCCCUUUGAUGAACAAAUAUGCGAUAUGAAAUUUGGAUCAUGGACAUACGAUGGCUUUCAAGUUGACCUCCAGCACUUUAGCCGAGAUGAGAAUGACGAAAAUGACCAUAUUCCAGUAGGAGUUGAGCUCCAAGACUUCUAUAGAAGCGUAGAGUGGGACCUGUUGGGCGUUCCAGCGAAGAGGAAUGAACGAUUUUACCCUUGUUGCCCCGAACCCUAUCCAGAUAUAACAUUCACAAUUUCAAUACGAAGAAAGACAUUAUUCUAUACAGUUAAUCUAAUAAUCCCAUGUGUAGCUAUAUCCUUCCUUACUGUUCUUGUUUUCUAUCUACCCUCCGACAGUGGAGAGAAAAUUACCUUGUGCAUCUCCAUUCUGCUUUCGUUAACCGUGUUCUUCUUGUUGCUUGCUGAAAUCAUCCCACCAACGUCGCUGGUUGUGCCUCUUAUAGGUAAAUACCUCUUAUUUACCAUGAUACUCGUCACUCUGUCAGUCAUAGUGACCGUUAUAGUACUCAAUGUGCACUUUCGCUCACCAUCAACGCACACCAUGUCACCGUGGGUGCGGAAGGUCUUCCUGAAUAUCCUUCCGCGCUUACUUGUCAUGCGUAGACCGAACCUCGAGAAAGACAAGGCUCCAAAGGUUCUCGUAAGGACAUGUAAUGGUGUAGAAAUUAGGGAUUCAUACGGUGGAGGUGGGACAAGACUAAGUAGAGACUUGACAAGUGAAAGUGUAUAUGGAAACUACGUGGAUAGAUCAGGGGACGAACACACAACAGAGACACAUCACAACCAUGACAACCCAAUUCCACCAAUCAGGAGGACGACGUAUAGCCCGGAUGUACACAAGGCUCUGGAAGGUGUAAAAUUCAUUGCUGAACAUCUCAAAGAGGAGGAUGAAAUAGAUGGGGUACGAGAGGAUUGGAAGUACGUCGCCCUUGUACUGGAUAGAUUGUUUCUCUGGAUCUUUACUACAGCUUGUCUGAUGGGUACAUUGGGCAUUAUCUUGCAAGCACCCUCAGUGUACGAUGACAGACAACCAAUGGAGGCCGGAUCCUAACAUCCGGGUACCUUCUCUCAUUUCUGGAGCUUUAUACUAACAUGUAGGUUUAACUCUAGAUAGUGAUAUAUAGAAUAUAAUCUCUAGAAUGUGUAUGCAAAACCUUAUCGACACCCCUCUUAUCUAGAGCCCAGGAAAGUCGUGCGG